AUGAAUAUUAUCGUUAACCAUUUUCCAUUCAUUGUCAAGUUUAUAGGAGCACAUUUCAUUUCCAUACAGAUGAGCAGUUUACUUCGAUUGCAUUAUAACCAUUCGUUCAAAAUGUCGGCAGAAAUCUUACCGUCGGAUAACUCUUCUAAGAAGCGUCGAAUCAUGAUCAUUACUGGUGAUGAAAGUAUUAUUGAACAAAUCCAAAACAGUAAUAAUCCAGCAUUAAUCCAAUCGAUCAUCAUUGAAUCCAAGGACCUUUUCAGCGAAGACGCAGAAUCUUCUUAUUCAGUGGUUAGGACUGAGGCACAACCAUCGACGCAGAAGAAGACAAAACAAGGCACAUUGACUUGCGUUGUCUGUGGUGCUUCAGCGCUCGGAUACAAUUUUGAUGCAAUUACAUGUGAAAGUUGCAAAGCAUUUUUUCGCCGUAAUGCACUGAAAAGUCUCAAAACAUUUCACUGUCGUCGUCAAGUGUCUCAGCAAUGGCAUGAAACGCGAUCGUUUAUUAAUGAGGAAAAAGUUGUGAAGCGUCGUAAAAUGGAAGAAAAGCGUUCAUCGCCAGAACAGAGUCCUCUCAUUAUUGAGGACAAAUCUCCCUCGAUAUUAUCGAUUCAUUCUGAUCUUGAGUUACCUACAUUAGAGAAUAUAAAUCUCAAUCGUCUCACUGAUUUCAGCGAUCUGUUACCACAAACGCCAAACAUGUUGAUGACUAUAGAAGAUUUACAACGCGUCGAAACCAUACAAAAUUCGUACGAGAAGCGCAUCGAACUUGCUGCUCGCGACGGUCUGCCAUGGAAUCCGUCCGAACAUGCGACGACAUUUUUACAACAGUUAAACUCUCGUUCAGUACCAGCAAUGCGUCUUUUAACAUUCUUUCGACAAAUACCGGAGUUUAAUGAACUGAAUGUCGAUGAUAAAGUGACUUUGAUCAAAUACAAUCUCAUGCCAUUAAUUCUACUCAACAACCCAAAAGCUUUUCACAGGAUGCACGGUACGGAAGUCUUUCUUCAAGUCAAGAAGAUCUUCACUACAUUUUUACAAAUUGCACAAUGCGACCAACGUAUAAUUCAACUAACACUGAUUGUUUUGCUGUUAACGAAAGGUUUCUGUAUGUAUACUGGCACUGAUGAACCCGUUCUCAACGAUGGCAUGGCUGUUUUUCGUGCCCAGAACUACUACACAGAACUACUAUGGAAAUAUAUGGAGACAACUCAUGGCACCGAAAAGUCUAUUCGAAUGUUCAAUGAUUUAAUCGUUCAUUUUCAAGUUUGGCAAAGAGUCGAAGGGCAAAUUCGAAAUAACGCACGGAAAUUAUUAGGACCAAAUGAGACAAAUGAAAUUCUACCUAUCAUGAAAUCCUUAUUGCACAUACCCUAG